AGCCGUAUCUUCGCCAUGAAAUCAGUCAGUCAAGUCAGUCGUUGGGCAAACUUCGUUCAUUGUGGUAGUUGUCGGAGUUGUGGCGCAAAUCGAGAUUUAUAGCAUUUUCAUCCAAAUUUAUACCGGUUUCGUUUGUUUAGAAGCGCGUUUUAUUUCGUGUGGUCUGUUUUUUAUUAGUUUCGAGUGAUUGUGCACUUUGUUUCGUGAACAUUAGAAUAGGUUCUAGAAGAUGGUGGACGAAUAAAUGAAGUUUCGUUGAAGAUAUUCAACCAGGUCGUCACUCAGUAGGGCUUCGUCUUGUAACGUGAAACAUAUUCGUAGAGAAAGUGAGGUGCAAUGAACGCGAAGAAAUCCAUACUAAUAGUGAAUGGCGCGCUUGAGCAGCGAAGAAUUGUGUGGAACGUAUAGACAACACAUAUUAUACCUGACUGACACUUGCCCCCUCCAGAGCUUGGUUAUCUCCUCAAAGAGGAAGAGCUAAUUGAAUUAUGAAAGUCGAAAUUACUAGAGUGGAGUGAGAAUACCGUUGGAUAAAAAAGGUUUAUUGAAUAUUGAAAUAGAAUGUCCAGCAAUUAUGUGCACAAGGUGAAAAAAGGAAUACAUAAAGUGAUCUACGACAAGCUGUAUUUCAACUGUUCCACCUUCAGAAAGAUGCAUUACGAAGAAGUCCCUGGUGUCUACGAUACCAACUAUAACGGUAAUCAUUCCUACCACCAGCAGCAUCCACAAGUAGACAGCCUCGGUAGUCCGGGAAGUGAUGCCGUGAUGAUAAAAAUUGACGUUCCAGUACCGCUACGCGAUGAACAACGUUUUCCAAAGGAAGUCUGGAAGACGGUUCUAGCGCUGUUCAUGCUAGCCUGUAACUUUCUGCUAGCAACGGUUUCACUGGCAAUGGUACACGACCGUGUGCCAGACCGAGAACAUUACGGACCCUUACCUGAUGUGGUUCUAGAUAACAUGAAAUCUCUCGAGUGGGCGUUGGAUGUCAGUGAAGUACUCAUAAUGGUAGUUGUGAAUUCGUGUGUCCUAUUGAUUACUUUUCAUAAGCACAGAUUCAUCGUGAUGCGGCGAAUUUUUCUAUUGAUGUCGAUAUUAUACUUCAUGAGGUCAAUAACCAUGUACGUGACAGUACUACCGGUUCCAAGCGCUACGUACUACUGCAGUCCGAAGGCCAAUGAGACGACCCCAUUGGUAAUCAUAAAACGUGCCUUCCAGCUCGUUUCCGGUUUCGGUCUGUCGAUCAAUGGCAAGCAUACGUACUGUGGUGAUUACAUAUACAGCGGCCAUACGGUGACGUUGGUGAUGGGAUAUUUGAUUAUCGCUGAGUAUUCACCAAAGAAAUUUUGGAUUAUACAUUGGGCUGCGUGGUGUGCUAGUGUGACCGGUGUUUCAAUGGUUUUACUUGCACACGGUCACUAUACUGUGGAUGUGCUGAUAGCAUACUACGUGACAACUCGACUGUUCUGGACCUACCAUACGUUGGCUAACAACAGUCUUCUGCUGAAGCAAAAUGGAAGCAACUACAUAGGUCGCGAAUGGUGGUUCUUCAUUUUCCGCUACUUUGAAAGAAACGUCCGAGGUCCGGUGCCACUUCAAUACGACUGUCCAUUGCCCAUUCCUUGGACAAAGAAGAUCCCAAAGUUGCCAGGACGAGAAAGUUGAUAACGAUCUAUGCUAAAGUUAUAUCUCGUCUAUCUCGUAUUGACUGAUGUGUAAGGUAGAAUGGAAUAGGUUGAAAGGAAGCAGUACACCGGCUUUAUCGGCUGUUAGCUACUGUAUUGUUCCGGUUCUAAAGAAGCAAACUAGAGAAACUACAUGCUAACCGAUAUGGGCAGCUAAUUCAAACGCAUAAGACUUUAUUAAUCCAGAUUAGAGAAUACAUUUAGAUAAUGUCAAGAAAGUUCUUUGAGAACAUUUAUAGAUAUAAAAAUGUAAAUAGAUCAGAAAGAGCGUACCAAUCUAAUCGAAUACGCCAGUAAGUGUAAGCAUUUGUGUGUAGUUUUUAUAUAACAGAACAUUUUUACCAGUACCCGCAAGGGUUGAAAAACAUUUGAAUCUUAAACAAAAAGAUAUCAGCAUACAUUAAACUUAUCAAAACAAGAGCUGCCUUGAACAAAAAAAAAACAAACUAACAGGUAAUUUAGAGAAAACGAAACAUGUGAUAAUCGUUAGACGAGUAUUUUUACUGUAGUUGUUUAGGUGAAUAAAAGACAAUGUUCACAAAAAA